UUUAAAGUUAAAAGUUAAGAACUAGCAUACCCUCACUUUUUCUUUUCAAUUUUCUUCUUAAUUAAUUUUUCUUCUUUCUUUUUCAUUCACUUCAUCUUUGAUUCAAUGAUUCCUUCCCCCAAAGCAUAAAAAAAAACACUCAAAAAUCUAAGCUUUGAAUAGCUCCAACAUAAACUCCAAAUCCUUUCUUAUAAAAUGACAAAACCCAACCAAAGAAAAAGUCUUCCCUUUCACAUUACUUUCCUUUCCCCCACUUUCUCUUCUUCUUAAAUACUCUCUUAUUUUCCCUACAUCCAAACACUCUUUUCCUUCCCCCAUUUCACUUCCUUUCUCUUUUUAGAUCAACACCCAAGAAAAAAAACACAGUUCGAAUUUACAAAAAUCAUGGUGAAGUCUCAAAGGCCGCCAUCUGGCCGUACAAAUCUGGCAUCAUGUAUUGUAGCAACCAUUUUCUUGAUCUUUCUUGUAAUCAUUGUUCUCAUUGUUUAUUUCACCGUUUUUAAACCCAAAGACCCUAAGAUUUACGUUAAUUCCAUCCAGCUCCCUUCUUUUUCCGUCGGCAACAACUCCGUCAGCUUCACUUUCUCUCAAUACGUCACCGUUAACAACCCUAACAGAGCCACUUUUUCUCACUACGACAGCACUAUUCAGCUCCUUUACUCCGGAUCUCAAGUCGGGUUCAUGUUCAUACCCGCCGGGAAGAUCGAGUCGGGUCAGACUCAAUACAUGGCCGCCACUUUUGCAGUUCAGUCAUUUCCCUUGGCGCAACCGAAUCAAGCGGCGGCGGCCACCACGAUACCUAUACCUGGUGCUACUACUACGGUGGCGGCGAAGAUGACAGGGCCCGUUGGGGUGACAGCUGGGUUCGGCGGGGGUAAUAAUGUGAAUCGAGUUGGACCAACGAUGGAGAUUGACUCUCGGAUGGAAUUAGCGGGUCGGAUUCGGGUUCUAAAUGUGUUCGCCCAUCACGUGGAUGCUAAAUCGGAGUGUAGAGUCACCGUUGCUGUGAAUGAUGGGUCUGUUUUAGGGUUUCAUUGCUAAUUUUUCUUCCUUUUUUUAAUGUAAUUUUAGACAUUUAACAGCUUUUUUUUUCUUAAAA